AUGCGGUAUUUUGCUCCUCUGGCCAUACCCCUGGACAAACAGUACGUUCCAGUGGUCCGGAACAAUCGCACCGUGUCAUACAAGACGGCGUACUUCGGCAAGGUCUCGCUUGGGUCGCCCCAGCAGGACUUCACCGUGCUCUUCGACACCGGCUCCGGCCACUUCUUCCUGCCCUCCGCCACCUGCGACACGGAGACCUGCAGGCGGCACAGGCGCUACGACGCCCGGGCGUCGUCCACGGCGCUGGAGAUCGACCACGAGGGCAGGGAGGUCGGGGAGAACGCGACGGGCCGCGACCAGGUGGCCGUCGCGUACGGCACCGGGGAGAUCGUGGGAGAGUUCGUCUGGGAGACGGUGUGCCUGGGCGGCCAGCAGGGGCCCGACUGCAUCCAGAUGCGCGUCGUCCUGGCGACGGAGAUGACGACAGAGCCCUUCGGGACCUUCGAGUUUGACGGCGUGCUCGGCCUGGGCCUGGAGGGGCUGGCGGUGGACCCAGAGUUCAGCUUCUUCGGCCAGCUGUUCAAACUCCACAACCUCACGGACGCCCGCUUCGGCUAUUUCCUCUCGAGGACCGACGAGCUGCCCAGCGAGAUCACCCUCGGAGGCCACGACGAGCGCAGAAUGGCCUCGGCCCUGCAGUGGGCUCCCGUGCACCGGCCGGAGCUCGGGCACUGGCAGUUGCGGAUACGCAGCGUGACAGCCGGCAACGAGACCUUGUCGGUGUGCGAGACCGGGGACUGCGUGGCGAUCGCCGACACGGGCAUCACGACCGCCCUGGCCAAGUUCCUUGCCAGGCUCACCGCAUUCCUCUUUCUUUCUGCUCCCGCUGCGGAGCUUCAGUCAGCAGGUUCCGUUGAUGGCGCCAUGGAUGUGCGCAUGGCAGUGCAGAUGCGGCUGAACCUGCUCCAGCAGAGGUAUAACCUAGCGUGGGCCAUGAGAGAGCCAGUGCAGGAGCUCGUCACAUCCAUUUCCAUAUUGAGAAGAAUGUUGAUAUCGGAGAAGAGUUUACAUCAGCAGAGCGCUUGGACGGAGACCCCGAUUGCCAGGAUGAUGCUGCGCGUGGAAGCAGCCAACAAAGAAGUCGCCUCGCGCAAAGACCACCUCCAAGCGAAGAUCAACGUCAGAGACAACCUGCAGGACCAGCUGGACGCGCUGAAGCGCACCAAGAUGGAGAUCCACCAGCUCAUGGAGGCAGAGAAGCAGCAGAAGGAGCUGGAGAGCAGCACGGACAUGGACGAGGACAAGCCGAGCCAGGGCGUGGUGGUCUUCCCCGAGCACCCGUUGGAGGAGACCCCACCAGGCGCGGCCUCUUCACCAGCAUCGACCCCGGCUGCGUCCACUGCAGGCACCGCACCGUCGAGCGCGAGCAUACAGCAGGCGGUCCAGCAGCAGGCCGAGGCACAGCUGAAGCCCAUGGCAGACCAGAUGAUGCAGAUGCAGCAAAUGAUGGAGGACACGACUGCGGGAUGGAUCACGGUGAAGGAGCGGGCCGCAGCAUUCGAGAGCGGCUCCGAGGGCGGACAGUUUUCGCUCGGGCCGCGGCAGCGCAGCAGCCAGAGGCGGCCCGCCAACGACAAGGGCAAGUCGAGGACGGCGACGGCAGCUUUCCGCAAGCCACAGAGACGAUCGGACAUCGAGGCGGUCGCCAAGUCAGCAGAGGAUCACCGUGCACCGAGCAGCGACGCCGCCCAGAUGGACCCCUACGCGGAGAGCGAGUACUGUCACGCGGGCCCGCAGGUCCUUGACCGUGAUAGUCGGAUCCCGAUCGAGGUCGCGAUCGUGGGUGGUGAUCGUACCGACUCGAUCAGCUGUAAAUUGGGACAGAUAGGUUUGCUCACACGCCUUCAACAGGAAGGGUGCCAGAUAGACCUUGAGUUAGAUGUCAGCAGAGUGGGCUUGCACGCCCACGCGCAGCUUGGCUUGGACAUGUGCCCGACUAGCGAGCACGUCGCCGGCCAGAUUUCAAUCUUCGUCGACGGGUCCUUCGACGAACAGGACCCUAGCACAGCGGCCUGGGCGAUGGCCGUGGUGGCCAAGGACAGAGCAGGACUUCAUGUCAAUUUCAUGGCCCUGCACGCUCCCUAUCAGGACGCGCAGAGCAGGGGCAUCGACACUGGCGCUCUUCAGAGGUGGUGGGAGGAGACUACCGCGAUAGCUCAACGGAUGUCGGUCGACGUCGUGUCUGUCGAUGAUAAUGCGCGCGUCGGUAGCAUGUCGUCUACCGCUGUCGGGGUCGGAGGAUGGGCGGAGGAAGAGAACGUCUCGGGUACCUGUUUUCACCAGUUCAUGUGCGAGCUCGGCCUUUUCGCCCCCUCUACCUUCUCUGACCCCAGUUGGAGCAGGGACACUGAGCCCAGCGGUUUCACUUUUGUGCAGAAUGGUGCCUACCACAGGAUCGAUUACGUUCUUGUGAAACCUCACUUUGUGCCAGCCAUCGUUUUCGAACACGUGUGGAGUGAUCUCGACAAUCUGAUGGAGGAAGUCUAUCCUAGGAAGCCCUACGCCGAUCAGCUCACUCUCUACUUCGUCAAGUGGAGACGAAAGAACAAGGCACUCAGCCUCCUCAUCUCUUUUGAGGCCUGUCUUUGGGAGCUUAGGCUCGCUGCCUUGGCCUUCUUGGAGCUUCUGGACUUCGAUUCCUGGGACGGGGCGCUUGGGGGCGUCCUCUCCGCCACGGCUGGACUGCUCAAAAAGAAGUUGGACAUUGAUAAGACUGACACCCUUGAAAGGAUGGUCAGCGAGAUGAGCGAGGCGGGCAUGCGCACUCAGGAGCCUCUUGCCUUCAAGGGUGGGUGGGCUCAUGACUUGUAUAAGAACAGUGGCAGCGCGGCGAUGCACGAGAGCUAUCGCCAAAGACUUCUUAUGAACAAUGUGGCCAAGCACCAUCACAAGUUUUUGAGGGACCAGUUUAAAACGCUUGUUGCGGGUCUCAUGAUUGAGACCCAGAUGGGUGGGGCCCAGGGUAAAGGGGCCGACAUGGCGACCCAUAUGGUUCGCACUUUCUCGGCUGUGUCCUGUGCCCAGGGCCUCUCCACGGUGCUUGCUUUCAUCGACUUGAAUUCGGCUUUCUAUAAGGUUACCCGACCCAUCGUCGUGCCUUUCCGUCAGGACCCCCAGGACAUAGCUGACGCUAUCGACGCCGCCGAUAUCCUUGAGGCCCUGGUGCCGAUCUUAGAGCACACCAUCGCGCAACCUUCUGUCUUGGCGGGCCUCGACAAUGUUCACAGGACGCUGAGACUGAUUGUCUCGCGGACAGCACCUUUGUUGAUGACCUCUGCGUCAUGGCCGUGA